AUGACUAAUUUGGAUUCGAUGGAGACGGCAGUAACGUUAGCUGGAGUAAUUCACGACGAUGGAGAAGGCGCCGAAACGCAUCAUCAUCACAAAGUCGAUCACGAACACGCGACCUCACAUCAAAGCUUCAAAUUUCAUCAUUUCCAUGCCGUUCCUGUUUACGUCAAGAAAGAAGAUCAGCAAUUUUUGAAGCAUCCCGUUGAAGUUGGAGGCAUCAAACACAAAUUGAAGAUUUUGCAUCCCGAAACUGAACACGCCAAAGGACACGGUUUAACCUUGGAAAAUCACGGCGAAGAGCAUCACGCCCAUCAUCAUCAUCAUCACGAUUCAGGUCAUGCUGGCUCCGAACCCAUCAUCUCCAAUGCGCACGAAUAUGUGCCCCAAUAUCACGAUAUCGCCGUCAACGAGGAACAAAGCUAA